AAUAUAGCUUGGUAACACAGUCGGCGACUGCCAUGAUUUGGCGAUUGUCUUGUCACUACAGCAAAAGAAGAGGAUUAGUAAAAAUAUAAAAAUGUGUAUCGAUAAAAGUGUGCUAAGUAGUAUAUUUCUUUUACCUCUAUUUUUAACCCCUAUUUUAGCAGAAUGGAAUACAAGGGAUUAUAUACGAAGAGAGCACUCACUUACAAAACCUUACCAAGGGAGUGGAAUGUCUAUGCCUUACUGGGACUUUUUAGGUAGCACAAUAGUUACCUCAAAUUACGUUCGUCUGACACCCGAUUUACAGUCAAAGGCCGGCGCAAUUUGGAACACUGUGCCAUGUCACACGAGGAAUUGGGAGCUACAAGUGCAAUUCAAGGUACAUGGUCGAGGGAAGGACUUAUUUGGAGACGGGUUCGCUAUCUGGUAUGUACGUGACCGUAUGCAACCAGGUCCUGUGUUCGGAAGCAAGGAUUACUUCCAGGGUCUCGCUAUUAUACUGGAUACUUACAGCAACCAUAAUGGUGCACAUAAUCAUCAACACCCAUACAUAUCAGCAAUGAUAAACAAUGGAACAUUGCACUACGACCAUGAUAGAGAUGGAACGCACACCCAACUGUCUGGCUGUGAGGCAAAGUUCAGAAACUACAACCAUGACACCCAUCUCUCAAUUAUUUACAAGGAUGACACCCUUAUUGUAUCAACAGACCUUGAAGGCAAGAAUGCUUGGAAAGAAUGUUUCAAAGUGGAGAAUAUUUUAUUGCCUACCGGUUAUUACUUUGGUGCAACGGCAACUACUGGUGACUUGAGCGACAACCAUGACAUCAUAGCCAUAAAGAUGUAUGAAUUGGAUCUGCUUGAUUCACAAAACAGAAAUGAAGACAGAUCACAUAUAAUUCCCUCAGCGGCAUCGUUCGAAGCACCAAGAGAGAGAAUAGAAGAUGAAAAACCAGCUAUGUCCGGAGUAAAAACUUUCCUAUGGAUGAUGUGUAUUGCUAUUAUUAUAAUCGUAUUAGUUGUAUUAGGAAUAAUGUGGUACCAAAAACGACAAGAACAUUCUAGGAAGAGACUUUAUUAAAUUGUGAUAAUAAAAAAAAAAUUCAAGUGUUGCCGUGUAUAAAAAUAAUUAAAGUACAAUUUUUUGUAUAAAA